CUGCUCUACGAAGCCAGCGUCGGUGGCGGUAUUCCCAUAAUCGGCUGCCUGGUUAAGGAACUGGCGGCCAACCGGUUCCGUUCCGUCCGCAGCAUAAUCAACGGUACUACCAACUACAUCCUCACCCGCAUGGCCAACGACCACACCGACUUCUCCCUGGCCCUGGCCGAAGCCCAGGAACAGGGUUACGCCGAGGCCGACCCCACCAACGACAUUGAGGGUUACGACGCCGUUUACAAGCUGUCGAUACUGGCCGGCCUGGCUUUCCACCGUCGGGUGCCCCCCCAGGCCAUUUACCGCGAAGGCAUCACCCGACUGCAAGCCCAGGACUUUCGCUACGCCCACGAACUGGGCUACGCCAUCAAGUCCCUGGCCAUCGCUACCAUGGAGGACGGCGCAAUACAGGCCCGGGUGUAUCCGGCCCUGAUUCCUCAGGAUAAUAUGUUAGCCAAGGUAGAUGGGGUGUAUAAUGCGGUGGAAGUGGAGGGCAACCUCUGCGGACAGGUGCUCUUUCACGGUCGGGGCGCCGGACGGGGGCCAACCACCAGCGCCGUGGUGGGCGACUUGAUUGAGAUAGCCCGGAACCUGGGUUCAAAGUCGACUUCUCUUCCUUCGGUGGCCCUGGAUAAUGCCGGCGGUCUUAAGUCCAUCGACGACCUGGAGUGCAAGUACUUUCCUCCGGCUCAACAUUGCCGACCGGCCCGGGGUGCUGGCCCAGAUAGCGCGUAUCCUCGGUGA